AGACUAAACCAGUGCAGGUAAAUGAGAGGCAGCUUAAUAGCUACAUAGGAAAAUUAUCCACCAUUUACGAUUAUUUCACACAUUUCUUUUCUCUCUCUCUCCCCUCAAACUUGCGCCCUUGAGGACGUUACAACUCCUGCCCAAAAUCUCCGGACACCGCUGGGAAGGAGAAUCUGCGGCUUCGUUUCCCGCCUCGCGCGGUUCUCCAGACCAGCCCGCGCGGCACUCGCCCGCUACCGUGCCGCAUCUGCAGGGGUGGACCCCGGACGGAUCCAGGCCCAGAGUCCCCCCACCCACUCAACCACCCACGGUGUUUCCGCUACAUUCACCGGCUCACGGUCUCUUCGAAAGCAGCCCGCUGUGGACGAAUGGAUUCUCGCCGCUGAAUCAACACCACCGACGUAGUGUGAUGUAUGUAACCCUACGCUAGCAGGGUGCGAGGGCAUGAGACUGCGAGGAGGGCGGGACUUCAACCUUGACUCCCAAGUGGAACUGACCCCUUCUCCGCCGCCUGUUGCCUGGUUACCCGGCGUCCUCAGCAAGGGUGUCCGUCUUCGUCUGCGUCUGGAUCGACGUGACAACCGGGGACGAGGCUGUUGGCACCUGGUUGACUUGGAGGCGGAGUCAGAGCCAGCUGGGCGAGGACUGAGAAGCCAGGCACCUGACACCUGUGCACAAAGUCUGAUGAGUACCCUUUCUGUCGGCUCCGAAAUGCAGACUCCUGCUCUUGGCUCACAGUUUAUCGCAGGGCCCCAGGGUAAGGUUCCUGGCAGAAAGAGAGGACGGCCUCCCGUCCGUAAGCUGGAGUUCCAGUGUCACUACGUAGAACCCCUCAAGGUCCCAAAGAAGAGAGGCAGGAAACCUGGAUUUAAGCUGAAGCCCAGGAUGGUGAUGUCCCCACUGGCCAACUCUCCUCCCAACAGCACACCAGAACCUGAGAUGGGCUCCAUCCCACAGGACGCUGCCAUCGUCCCCCACUCUGCCACACCACAGGUCCUAACAGCAGAGACACCAAUGCUGGGUGACUUCUUAUGCGAGCCACCGGUGGACUCCAAGCGCUACGCUGUCGACCCCAGUGACUCCGCCUUCAACCUCAUGACAUCACAGUACCCAACAAAGCACUCUUAUGGUUAUCGUGGCAGCAGUUGUUCUACUCCGAUGGGUGUGUGCAGACAAGCAUCAAGCCCAGGGAGCUUCCAGGAUGGAAACAGAAAUGGGUACAUCCCAAUGCCUGACUCUGGAGAAUGCAAACGACCUGCUGGCAAGGACCCUUCCAGCUGGGGUGUGGAGGAGGUGGUGUGGUUUAUCAAAGAUGCUGAUCCCCAAGCUCUGGGACCUUAUGCUGAUGCCUUCAGGAAGCACGAGAUCGAUGGAGAUGCUCUGCUCCUGCUGAAAAGUGAGAUGAUGAUGAAGUAUCUGGGACUAAAGCUGGGCCCUGCACUCAAACUCUGUUACCACAUCGACAGGCUUAAACAGAAUCGGUUGUGAUUUUUCUGCAGAGGAGCCAAACCCCUGAUCACUGUUCACUAAAACUGAACCAGUGCUGAUUCUCUCAGACUUUCUCAGCCAUCAGCAAUACAUCAUGAGCGCCUUUGGAUUUGGAUUACGUACUUGACGGCUUUUAUUGCCUCGACAAAUUGGACAUGUUGACUGUACAUAUUAAGACUGUUUACAGUUGAAACUGUUAUUUCAUUCUCAUAUUUGUUUACUGGAUAUCUGAAUGGCUUUGGAUUGUAAAGAGUUCGGCUCGAUACAGAUGGCAGCUGCUGUAAAUUGAAAUGUGACCUGUAAUAACUUAACUAUGUCAAAUGUUCAGCAGCAUAGAUUUGUGCAGAUCGUAAUCAUGGACACUGUAUCCAACACCUCUGAAGACCUACAAAGACAGGGAUCUUUACAGACUUAUAUGGUGCUUUACCUCAGAAUCAUAUUUAAUCUUAAAAAAGUCUUGCUGCUGUCUUUUAAUAUAAUCUGCUUUGUUCCAGACUUAUGCUGAUGUUUAUGCAGGUAAUUCUCAAAGUCCUCGUUCAGUUGAUAUUGAAUUCUUUUGGCUGUGAAAAGCAGCUAGUGCAAGCUACUAUUUAAAAAAAAAAGUCCCCAAAAAUCAAGAACAGAGCGGCACUUUUACUGAUCCGUUUUGGGGCACAACCAUCAAGCCUAAAAGAUGUGUCAGCUGACAAAGUUUUGUACGUCAGAGAUCCUUAGAUCUUGACAUUGAAAGACGUAAAACUGCAGUAGAAACAACUGAUAUAUCUCACCCCCAAGAAAAGUGAUUGGAACAUUUUUACCACAAACCACAGCUCAGUGUAGCCAUGAGGUAUUUCACUAAGCAGAGGUGCUUGAUAUCACACUGUUUUUAUUAACAUGACAGGAAGAAAAGGAGACACAGACAGACUCUUGGGGAUUUUUUAUCAUUUUCUCACAAACUGAAUAUCAUGGUACACUCACCAGUUUUAAAAUAACAAUACUGAGUUACGGGCCACUUUGCAACCUUCCUAGUGUUUCAGAAAGUUGCAAAAUGGUGGACAGCAAACCCAUACAACCUGGUGCUUACUCAGACACUUAAUGCCACUACAGCCACAACACUGAAUCACUCUUAAUCACACUUCUCGUACACUUCAUGUGACUUCCACAUAAAGCUACAGUUUACAUUCUUCUCAUGCAAUACCUCUACUGGCAUUCUGACUAUAAUCUCCUCUAAGUCGUGUUUUGUUCUGCCAAAUGAUAAAGCAGUAUUUUAUCUCUAAACUUAAAAAGUGACAAACUAUUAAGUAAAAUGUCUUGAGCAUUAAUAAUGAUAAUUUUUGAAGCCACCAAAUGCAGUUUUGUGAUUUGACAUUGUACAAACAACCUGUAAACACAUUAAUGAUCAAUCUCAUGUAGUAUUUGCAGGUUGAACACAACGCUUUUUUAAAAAACUUUCUGUACAGUACUCAUUACUCACUUUGGUAUUUGUGUUUUAUAAGUUUUGCUUAAAUUCGUUAAAGUCUGUUUGCCAAAAACAGACUGUGUGAAGUACAGCACGUAUGUCUAUGUAUGAAUUCUUUCUAUAUUUCAUGACUGUCUUCAGCCCUAGUGAGCUAUGGGCUUUAUUAAACUUUCAUUUUUUUUUUUUUUUAGAAUAAAUUGAUUGCUAGGAAGUGAUUUGCAAGAAAUGGGGGAAGUGAAUUGCGCAAGAGCUGUGUCCUCCAACUGAAGUUUUUUCAAAAGUUUUCAACAAGUUUUUAUCAUACCUGUGACCCAUAUUAAAUAAAUUUUACUCCCUAUUGA